GCGCACGUGCGGAAGGAAGUGGCGCUGUCUAUCCGCGCGGCGCUGCUAGGCCCCUCAACGUGGAGCCAUGGGAGGCCUGGAGAAAAAGAAGUAUGAGCGAGGCUCCGCCACCAACUACAUCACCCGGAACAAAGCCCGGAAGAAGCUGCAGCUGAGCCUGGCUGACUUCAGGCGGCUCUGUAUCCUGAAGGGCAUCUAUCCGCACGAGCCCAAGCACAAGAAGAAGGUGAACAAGGGCUCCACGGCCGCGCGCACCUUCUACCUCCUCAAAGACAUCAAGUUCCUCCUCCACGAGCCCAUUGUCAACAAGUUCCGGGAGUACAAGGUGUUUGUCCGGAAGCUGCGGAAGGCCUACGGGAAGAGCGAGUGGAACACGGUAGAGCGCCUGAAAGACAACAAGCCCAACUACAAGCUGGACCACAUCGUCAAGGAGCGGUACCCCACGUUCAUCGACGCUCUGCGGGACCUGGACGACGCCUUGUCCAUGUGCUUCCUCUUCUCCACGUUCCCGCGGACGGGCAAGUGCCACGUGCAGACCAUUCAGCUCUGCCGCCGGCUCACCGUGGAGUUCCUGCACUACGUCAUCGCCGCCCGCGCCCUGCGCAAGGUCUUCCUGUCCAUCAAAGGCAUUUACUACCAGGCUGAGGUGCUGGGCCAGCCCAUCGUGUGGAUCACGCCCUACACCUUCUCCCACGACCACCCAACAGACGUGGACUACAGGGUCAUGGCCACCUUCACCGAGUUCUACACCACCCUGCUGGGCUUUGUCAACUUCCGCCUCUACCAGUCGCUCAACCUCCAGUACCCGCCCAAGCUCGAGGGUCAGGCCCACACAGACAGGAAGGUCAGCGAGGACGCCUACGCUCUGGACUCGGAGAGCUCGAUGGAGAAGCUGGCGGCCCUCAGCGCCAGCCUGGCCCGCGUGGUGGUACCUGCCAUGGAAGAGGAGGUCGAGGUGGAUGAGUUUCCGGCCGAUGGGGAGGUGGCGGCCCAGGAGCAGGACCGCAGGAAGGAGCUGGAGGCGCAGGAGAAGCACAAGAAGCUGUUUGAGGGCCUCAAGUUCUUCCUGAGCCGCGAGGUGCCCCGCGAGGCCUUGGCCUUCGUCAUCAGGAGUUUUGGGGGGGAUGUGUCCUGGGACAAGUCUUUGUGCAUUGGAGCCACCUAUGACGUCACAGACCCACACAUCACCCACCAGAUCGUCGACCGGCCUGGGCAGCAGACGCCCGUCAUCGGCAGGAGCUACGUGCAGCCCCAGUGGGUGUUUGACUGCGUGAACGCCCGGCUCCUGCUCCCCGUGGCAGAGUACUUCCCCGGGGUGCAGCUGCCCCCGCACCUCUCACCCUUCGUGUCCGAGAAGGAAGGCGACUACGUCCCACCCGAGAAGCUGAAGCUGCUGGCCCUGCAGCGGGGGGAGGAGCCAGGAGAUGUGAAAGAGUCGGAGGAGGAGGAGGAGGAGGAGGAGGAAGAGGAGGAGGAAGACGCCGAAGGUGGGGGUGAAGAGGAGGGAGAAGAUGGAGGCGAGGAGGAAGACGGGGAGGCUGGUUCGGAGGAGGAGGGAGAGGCCCGACUGGCAGCCCUGGAGGAGCAGAGGAUGGAAGGGAAGAAGCCCAGGGUGACGGCGGGCACCCUGAAGCUGGAGGACAAGCAGCGGCUGGCCCAGGAGGAGGAGAGCGAGGCCAAGCGCCUGGCCAUCAUGAUGAUGAGGAAGCGGGAGAAGUACCUGUACAACAAGAUCAUGUUUGGCAAGAGGCGCAAGAUCCGCGAGGCCAACAAGCUGGCGCAGAAGCGGAGAGCCCACGACGAGGCGCUGCGGUCAGAGAGGAAGGCCAAGAAGGCAAGGCCGGUGUGAGUGCCGCGGCCCCGCACGGCACAGGGCGGAGGCAGGCCCAGGACCUGAGCUUGGUGAUGGAGCAGAGGCGCUUGUUCUCAUGCCCCCUCCCCCGGCCGGCCCUGGCACCCUCGCGCUGCCUGGCCGGGCCCACGGGCAGCACCGGCCUCCCCUGGAGUUCCUGCCUGUGGCCAGGCCGAGAAGAGGACGCAGGGCCAGGGCCCCGCCAGCCCAUCCCCUGCUCCGCUCCUCGCUGGCUUCCCUCCCCUCUUGCUCGUUUGGACCCCUGAUUCUCAGGGUGCUGUGAUGGGGCGGAGGGCAGGGGAGCAUCUGUUAUUAAAUGGCUGUCUGGCGCAGCCACCUGGA